AUUACUCCCAAGUUCCACCCCAUUUCUCCACUACUCUCCACCACUACCUUCUUCUUGCAACCUUUCUCAAUGGAAGCAAGGAGCUUUGAAGGCAAGCGAACUUUCAAAGAGAAGGUCUACAAGGAAGUCGAAGAAGAUGUAGAUGAUGACUUGGAUGAAGAAGAGGGAGGUGGUGAAAUGAUGAGCUUUGCAGAUAAUGAGAGAAAGAGAGCAGUUGCUGUUUUCUCUGGUAAAAGAGGCACUAGUGGUGGUGCUGGUGGGGUGUCACCGCCGUGUUGUCAGGCAGAGAAAUGUGGAGCUGAUUUAACUGAUGCAAAGCGUUACCAUCGCCGUCAUAAAGUGUGUGAGCUUCAUUCAAAGGCAUCUGUUGUGAUUGUUGCAGGGCAGAGGCAACGGUUUUGUCAGCAAUGCAGCAGGUUCCAUGAUCUAUCAGAGUUUGAUGAAGCCAAAAGAAGCUGCCGCGUACGCUUGGCUGGACAUAAUGAGCGCCGCAGAAAGGUUGGUUACCAGUCAAAGGAAACUCAGAGUAGGCAAACUGAUGAUCAUAGUGGCAGAAUUCAGGUAACAAUCCCAGGGAAUUCCAGUUACAAGCAACUCCAGAUGCGAUAAGAUCAAUGGUUUCCGCGUCCUGGCACGCUCUCUCUCUUCUGUCAUCCUUACAUGCCCUGCUCUGCAUAAGAUUGAUAGUUUUCUAUGCUGCGUACUGAGAAAUCGUAUCUACAUAAUAUUUAAGAGGAGACCGUCCUUGUAACAAGUAACAACUACCUUGGGUUGUUUGUUUUGGUUCUACUUAUGUCAUUGUUUAUGAACUGGUAUGGCUAUGUGGAAUAGGCCUUAAGUUAGUGUUCUAUAGUAAUUAUGAUUGUCUCUAUGUACUUCCCUCUCAUAUAAGUUUUGAAAUUGAAGGACCUGGUCUCUAAUUAUCUA